AUGUCGGAAGCUGUUAGAGGAUCUGACAGUCCAUGGAGAUCAGACUGGGAUAUGAUGACCCUGACAGGAAGGAAUAUGGGACCGAGGGGGCUCAUAUCAAAGGAAACGUUUUUUGAGGCAAUCAAGGAGGACCGGGAGCGGGUGUAUCGAGAGAUUGCCAAUAUUAUGGACGAAGCACGAGGUACCCUGGGCAGGGUUAGGAACGAGCGAGAUGAGAAGCAAAAGCAAGUGGAUGAGCUUGACCAGCAGGUGGAUAGCUUGAUAGAGGAACGGAACGCCUUACAGCUGGCUGUGAACUCCUUGGCCUUGCAAGCCAGACCAGCAGAGGCACAGAAAGCGCAACGAUCCGCAAAGCUUGGUGAUCCUAAGCAUCUUACAGAUGGAAAGGAACCGAUAUUUGAGAGCUGGCUCUCACGAAUGAGACGCAAACUGGCUGUGAAUGCUGAUCACUUUCCUACCGAAGAAAGUCGCAUUGCAUAUGUUGAGAAUCGAACUGAAGGCGAGGCCGCGAGACACUUGGCUCCAAAAAUGAGAGAAGAUCACCCUGAGAAGUUUGAGACUGCAGAGGAAGUAUUCGAAUACCUGCAGGGAAUCUACGAGGACGUCAACAAACUCGAGAACGCAAAGGUUGAAUACCGACGUCUGGUAAUGAGAAAUGGGUAUGAACCUCGAACGUCCUUUGAUUGGAAACCACUACUGGAGACGCUCCCCAGAGUGGAGAAGCUCAAACGAGAAGAUGCCCGGCAACACGUCAUUCAAAUGGAGGAAAUUUGGAAGCUGGCAGUUGACAAUGUGAAGAGGGCGCAAGGGAUCGAAUCACAAGCCAACAAACACCGUCGUGAGCCAAACUUCGGGGUAGGAGAUAAGGUCUUUCUAUCACUCAAGGACUAUACAAUACAACGCCCCAGCAGGAAGCUCGCGGAGCAAAAUGAAGGCCCCUUUGAAAUUAUUGAGAAGGUUGGCAACAGCUACAGAUUAAGAUUACCUAAUAGCAUGAAGAUCCACCCAAUAUCCUCUCCUGACAAGCUGAGGAAAGAUGCGAAUGAUCCCUUACCAGGGCAACAGAAUGAGACACCGGAAACAGUUAAGAUACAGGGUGAAAAUGAAUGGGAGGUUGAGGAUGUUCUAGCGAGCCGCAUCUCCCGUGGAAAGCUUCAAUACCGGGUAAAGCGGCUAGGAUUUGAUGAUGAUUCAACAUGGUAUCCAGCACCAAACCUGAAAGGAUCACCGCAUCUAAUCUGA